AGUUUCCGAGCAAACCUUGAACGCAGCAACUUUAUCCACCACCGGCGCCGAAUCAUCAGGAAGUCCUCCAUCAUCUUAUUAAAACCGAGAAGAACCACAGACAGUCAGCAAUGGAUGUCCCUCAUGAAAUAAAUUUGCUGGUGCAGGAGAUUCAGCGACUUGGCAGUAAAAAUGCUGAUGGGCAAACCAGCGUGAAGUUCGGGGUGCUGUUUAAUGACGACCGCUGUGCCAAUAUCUUCGAGGCGCUGGUGGGCACCUUGAAGGCAGCCAAGAAAAGGAAAGUGAUCAGCUUUCAGGGCGAGUUGCUUCUCCAGGGCGUCCACGACAACGUCGAUAUCAUCCUGCUCCAAGAAUGAGGCUGCUGUUGGAACCAGACAGCCUCUAGCAGCUGUGGGUCUGACUGAAUCUUUCCAGAUACUGAGCUUCUGCAGUGUACCGGCUUGUCACCAAGCUUCUGUUUCCAAUUAUCUUUCUACGUGUAUAAGGCUCAGUAUUUGAACUCAAACACAGUGACCAAACAGAUUAGACCUAACAGUAUACUUCUGGACCCAGCUGGCAUGUCAGUUUCAUUUGAUUUCACCGUGCCGAACAAAAUCAGUCACAAAAAAAGGUAUUUGAGUAUAUUUUUGGUUCUUCGGGGGCUGACAAACAGCCAUAUUCACAGUUUCAGAUGACAAGGAAAAGUGGUGUUUCUCCCUUUCUCAGGCGCUGCCGUUUUAUCAACCAGGGCUUGAAACUGUUGUUUUGAUACACUUUUAAGACUAUAAACGCACAAAUCAGGAAUGUAAUAUUUUGUGUGACGCUUUCAUCUGUUAAUUUCUGUACAUUUUCAGUGUAGGCUAACUAAUACAACCAAACGCCUCUCUUUAAGCCCGGUCACACCAGCAUUUGAAAGAACAAAAUUUCACAGCGAAAUCAAAACAUUCAGCAACAACAGAGAGCCAUAGAAUCUAAAAAGGGGGGAAGCUAUUGUAGUUUCUUAGCUGUAUUAUUUAACCUCCUAUAAACUGUGAAUUUAUUGUCCCAUCAGCAACCAACUCAAUCUUUAUUAUUUUUUAAUGAAAUGAUGUACAAUCCUGGGAGUAAACGGCAUAAAACAGAGAAAAUAGGAAUAAGAUGAGGGAGCUAUUGUGACUGACUAGCGUUAGCAUGUUUACCAACUAGUUCUGCACUGCAAGUAGUCACUGCUGUAUGUCACCGAGCCUCUAGAAACACAUAUUUCAUGUAGAUGAGCUGAUGAAUUUGCCACUUCCUGGUGUGACCGGACUUUAAAUGGGUUCAGUGGAACACAGAGGACAUGAUGCUGGUUAGAUUUAGCGACUUGUAAUCUGUGUCAUACAAACUACUUCUUCACUGGUUUAAUUUAAGCAUUGUGAUAUUUACGAAUUGUUUCUACUGGUUUUUAAAGCUGCACUAUAUUAGUAUUCUUCUUCUCAGUAUCACAACAUCAUGAACUAAAAAUCAUUUCAUACGAUGAGUAUAUUCACAUGUAAAUCUAGUGCAGUUUUAAAACAACAGGUAGUGUGUGUCCACCAACAGUGUCACCAGAUGGCAGUUCCAUUUAUUGUUUACAUGAGCCAUUUUUACUACCUCUGGACUUUGUAAUAAGACCUUAUUAGACGAGCUCCUUUGGAAAUCUAAGAACAAUUCCUUCAUAGAAACUACAAAGACAAGUGCAUUUCAAGAGACACUUUUGCACCUUUUUGUAUUCAUUACAAUGUGCUAGAGUAGUUUUUAUUCCAUCUUUUUAUAUAUGAUCAGUGAUGAAUUUUCUUUUCUAAACAAAUUCUAAAACCUCUUGUCAUCUUUGUAAUAUCUAAGGAGAAAUAGUCGAUAAGCAAAUGGCGAAUGUAUUUACUGUGCAAUUUGUAUUAGUGUAUAAUUACAGAGUGAUUGGUGCCAAAUGAAAAUGAUGAAUUUGUAAUGUUUCUCAGGACCAAAAUCAACACAACCAAAAUAUGUUUAAUUAAUGUCCUGUGGCUUAAAUUAGAUGUCUUACUAGUGACAAGAGAUGUGCAUUUAUAGUUUUCUUCCCUUUUUUUUUUGUUUUUACCACUUUAUAUUCUGUACUGUAGGUCAACUGAAACUUGCAGAUCAGACACAAUCACUUUGAUUAGUUUCCCUCUAAACUAAUCAUUUGUGGGUCUUUUACUGGUUGUUUCGUAGGAAAGAACUCCUUUUCUUAAUUUGCCAAAAUAUCAUUCACAAGCACAACCAGCUCGGUACGGAAACUCAAAGUGGUGCAAAUUAAAUAAAUAAAUGAGACGUUAUGAAACAAAUAAAUACACAAAUAAACACAGACAAAAUUUGUAAUAAAACAUCAAAUUGUGAAAUAACAUAGUUUUUCAUUUCAUUGACUGAAAAAGUGGCAUUCAUAGGUAAUUGGACAAAAUUGCAUUCUGAAAUAAAACAGACUGCGGAAAAGGGACAUUUUGAAAUAAAAAAUGAAAUGAAAAAUUUAAAUUGAAAUUUAUUAUAAAAUUAAUCAGAUUUAACAUUUUAUAAUCAUUAAUGAUUAUAUUUCAUAUUUGGUAUGGUUAUUUUUUAACGUCUUAUGUAAUUAUGUAGUUUUGAACACUUUGGGACUCCAUAGCUUUAAGAGGCUGCCGCAAUUUGGAUGUGAGAGAAAAGGAUAAUCUUUAAUAUCUACCAGAAGCACCAACAAGCUCAGCUGUUGUCCUCAUCUGCAUAAUAUCAAGCCUUGUCUACUUUUUAAUUACAUAUCAGGUCUUGUUGGUGUUACAAUUAAGAGAAGCACAUUAUCAACUCUGUGACUCUCCUGGUCUGCAAGUUUUAUAAGACCCAUUUCAUGUCCACUGCUGUCACAUCAACUUAGGAAUAUCUUUUAGGUGUCUGUUAUUUUUUCUGACAGAUCAUUUGUUGAAAUCUAGAAAAACUGAAAUUAUUAAUGAGCUAAACUGUAUGAAUGUCUCUUAAAAGUAGCCUGGAAAAGAUCAGUCAUGUGAAAUAUAAUCAUCAGAAUACAAGUAACGAGUUAAGUGCUGUAGUAGCCUGUUUUUCAGAGGAGACAAUAGUCAGAAAAGUUGUGGAAAUUAUGGAAUAAAUCAUGAGUGAGGAAGAAACACGCUGCUUGCAUCACUGUCAUUUUGGAAAUGUAAGAUUAUCCUGCUGUUGCACUCACUGUGUGCUGCUCUAUGAAUGAGUUUCAGAUGACUUCUUGAACACAAAUGCAGAUUACAAGGCAACAUUUAACAAGAAGGAGAAAGUUAUUGUCAGCUGUGCCAAUACUUGGAGCCAUUUCCACUUUGUUCUAUAUCUGUGAUCUAGUGGGAUGCCUGCAUGAUGUGUUGAAGUGCGUCGUUACUGACUUUUGUAUUGGCAAUAACACAUUCCUAAAAGAACAGGUUUCUGUUUACUGUGGAAUACACUCAGAAAUAAAAUCUUUACACUUGAAGCCUUCAA